AUGAGAUCGGCGCCGUCCUACGCAAGAAGCAGCUCCCAGCCGUCCAAUUACUGCCGCUCCUUCUACCUGCCCGGCGAUAAUUACGAGGUCGAUGAAUCAGCUGGCGCAGGCAGGGACUGCGACGAGCUCAGCCGCGGGGGAGGAGCAGUGCUGCCGAUUUUCCUCGACGGCCUAAGGAGAAACGGCAGCGGCGGCGGCCAGCAGCAGGAGGAGGAGAUGGUCGAGGUCACAAUCGAGCUGGACCACGACUCCGUCGUCGUCUGCAGCGUCACCCCUCCCUCCGCCGCCGCCACUCCGCCGUCGGACCGCCACCGCGGGGGGAGUGGAGGAAGACGUAGUAGCAGUCAGGUGGCGAAGCGGAGCUUGUCGGCGAGUUCGAGGUUCUGGUGGCUGAGAUCGGGAUCCUCGUCGGAGGUCGGCGGCGGCGCAGCGAUGACGGCGAGGGAAGAGAGGAGGAUCCGGGCGAACCUGGAGCGGACGAAGUCGAGCGCGGAGCGGGCGCUGAAGGGGCUGAGGUUCGUCAGCAAGACGAGCACCGGCGGAGGAGGAGGCGUGGUUGACGUGGAGCAGCUGUGGCGGCGGGUGGAGUGCCGGUUCGACUCGCUGGCCCGGCACGGGUUCCUGGCCAGGGAAGACUUCGGAGAGUGCAUUGGGAUGGUGGAUUCGAAGGAAUUCGCGGCGAGUAUAUUCGAGGCGUUGGCGAGGAGGAAGAGGCAGAAGAUCAGCAAGAUCGACAAGCAAGAGCUGAGAGAAUUCUGGUUGCAGAUUACAGACCACAGCUUCGACGCCCGCCUUCAACUUUUCUUCGACAUGGCAGACAGCAACGAUGAUGGAAGAAUCACAAGAGAAGAGGUCCAGGAGCUUAUAAUGCUGAGUGCGUCGGCCAACAAGCUUUCGAAGCUGAAAGAACAAGCUGAAGAGUAUGCAUCAUUGAUAAUGGAGGAAUUGGAUCCUGAAAAUCUUGGAUACAUUGAGUUAUGGCAACUAGAAGCACUCCUUCUGCAAAGAGACACGUACAUGAACUACAGCAGGCGACUGAGCUCGGCAAGCGUCAGUGGUUGGAGCCAGAACCUGACGACAUUCAGACCGCACAACAUGGCUCGCAGGCUCGCCUUCAAACUCAAGUGCCUCGUCCUCGAGAACUGGCAGCGCGGCUGGAUUCUGACCCUCUGGCUAACGGCAAUGGCAUGGCUGUUCGCGUGGAGGUUCGCCGCCUACCGAAACAGAGCGGCCUAUCAGGUGAUGGGCAACUGCCUAGCCACAGCCAAAGGUGCUGCCGAGACCCUCAAGCUCAACAUGGCCCUCAUCCUCUUCCCCGUCUGUCGAAACACCCUCACCUGGCUUCGCUCCACUCCGGCCAGGACCGUCGUUCCUUUUGACGACAGCAUCAACUUCCACAAGGUGAUUGCGAUUGCAAUCGCCAUGGGGGUCCUCGUUCACGGAGGCAACCAUCUAGCCUGCGACUUCCCUCGUCUGGCGAAUGCCUCCCCCGAGAAAUUCGACCUCAUAGCAUCCGAUUUCAAAGGAGGCGAGAGGCCUACAUAUGUUGAUCUGUUGGCCAGCGUUGAAGGCGUAACAGGGAUCUCCAUGGUGGUGCUGAUGGCCAUUGCAUUCACGCUGGCGACUCGGCAGUUUAGGAGAAACGUGGUGAGGCUGCCUCCACCUUUCAGUAGGCUCACAGGGUUCAACGCGUUCUUGUACUCUCAUCACCUUCUCUGCUUCGUCUACAUUAUGCUCUUCGUCCAUGGAACCUUCCUCUACUUCGCCACCAAGUGGUACGAGAGAAAUACAUGGAUGUAUAUUUCAGCUCCACUGCUGGUGUAUUUGGCAGAGAGGAGCAUGCGCACUUGCAGAUUAGAGCAUUGCUCUGCUAAGAUACUGAGGGUAUCGGUUUUGCCAGGAGACGUUUUCAGCUUAACAAUGUCGAAGCCACAGGGAUUCAAGUACAAGAGUGGGCAGUACAUAUUCCUGCAAUGCCCUGCCAUUUCUUCCUUCGAAUGGCAUCCGUUUUCGAUAACUUCAGCACCAGGAGACCCGUAUCUGAGUGUCCAUAUCCGGACAGUGGGUGACUGGACACAGGAGUUGAAGCGAGUUUUCACCGAGGUAAAUGACUCAUCGACCAUAAUUGGUCGAGCUAAAUUCGGUCACCUUGGGAGCGUAGAUCACAGAGGACAACCAAAGCUCUAUCUGGAUGGUCCAUACGGGGCUCCUGCGCAAGACUACAAGAACUAUGACGUUCUUCUCCUUGUGGGAUUGGGAAUUGGGGCUACCCCUUUCAUCAGCAUCCUCAGGGAUCUGUUAAAUAACACCAGAACGACAGACUAUCAAACGGACUCAAAUACAGACACAAGUAUAUCAGAUAACAGUUCAAAUAGCUAUAUAGCAUCUUCGAGAGCCACAGGAGGGAGCAAUGGCAAGAAGAAAACGCAGAGAACCACCAAUGCCCACUUCUACUGGGUUACAAGAGAAUCUGGAUCUUUUGAAUGGUUUAGAGGAGUCAUGGAUGAAGUUGCAGAGAUGGAUCACAAAGGUCAAAUCGAGAUGCACAACUACUUGACAAGCGUAUACGAAGAGGGAGAUGCAAGGUCAACUUUGAUCACCAUGGUUCAAGCUCUCAACCACGCUAAACAUGGAGUUGACAUCGUCUCGGGCACUAGAGUAAGGACACACUUUGCCAGGCCAAAUUGGAGAGAAGUUUUCACCAAAAUAGCCUCGAAGCACCCCUUUGCCACAAUAGGGGUGUUCUACUGUGGGAUGCCUAUAUUGGCAAAGGAGUUAAAGAAACUAUCCCAAGAGCUGACUCGUAGGACGACGACAAGAUUCGAGUUUCACAAGGAAGACUUCUGA